AAGGUGAUUGAAACCAACCCUAAGCUCCUUGCUUCUUCGUUCUAAAGGUAGCCCCGAUUAUUGCUGACUUAAGCAUCGGAGUGUCUACCCCGAGGACCCACCUCGGGGCUUUGCAGGUCAAUCUGGAGUGCAGAUACGGACUGAAGAAAGACUUCUGGUUUGGUGCAAUUACAUUUGGCGCCGUCUGUGGGAAUCCGAACUGAAAGCUCCCUUGUUGCUCUUAUCAUGGUUAAAACUAGGUCCGUCCGAGCUGGAAACUCAUCUCAGCCCCUUGGACGAGGUCAGGUCCCCAGCAACCUUCCACCUCAGCCCUCACCCCCAAUCCCAAAUACAUUCCCUCAUGUUGACCAUGCGGAAGGAGGAGAUGAAAAUCAGCCACACAAUUCGGCUGACAAUUCAGCCUCUACUGCCAACCAAGACGUAGUUGCAAUUCAGCUCGCUGCCAUGCAACAACAGUUUGGUGUCUUUCAGCUAGUGCUGGCUCAACUAUUAGCUCGGAACAAUCCUGGUGAUCCACUCCUUAACCUACUCAACCCUGCUCCACAACCUCCAGCUCCACAACAAAAUCCUGAACAAGUUCAGCAUGCUCCUGCUAUUAGUGAAUCUCAAGGCCAAUCUCACAUUACACCAGUUCAGCAACCCCUUCAUGAUGGUGUCACUCGACGUCUAGACAACUUAGAAAAGCUAGUGGCUGAACAGCGAGGUGCCCCACCCCCACACCCUGCUGCUGACUCCGUAACCCACCCCUUCAACACCAACAUUACAUUAGAACCCUAUCCCGCUGGCUUCAGAAUACCACAACUUGAAACUUAUGAUGGGACGAAGGACCCCGAUGAUCAUCUACAUGCUUUCUAUUCUUGCAUGCAAGCCCAGAAUGCCUCUGAUGCGUUGAUGUGCAAAAUCUUUCCCUCUACCCUCCGAGGUAAUGCUCGAACCUGGUACUACAGUUUACCUCCGAAGUCGAUCAGCUCUUACACAGAAAUGACAUCUGCUUUUGCCACAAAGUUUUCCAGUAGAAGGUUGAUCAAGAAAACCACUUCUGAGUUGAUGCGAGUUAGGCAGAGGGACGGAGAGCCUUUGAAGAAUUUUAUGAGCCGAUUUAAUGAUGCAGUGUUGGAGGUUAACUCUUUCGACCAGGCUGCGGGAAUUAUGGCUGUGAUCUCAGGUUUUAGCCAUGAGAGAUUCAGGGAUAGCCUGCUUAAACAUCCUGCCACCACCUUCAACGAGAACCGAGCUCAGAAGCGAAAGUUUGACGAUGCUGAGUGGAAGAAUCAACCGAUUACCUUCACAUAUGUUGAUCUCGAUACAGUCGUCACACCUCACAAUGACCCCCUAGUCACUUCUGUCACGAUUAACAAUUGUGAGGUGCAGCGCGUCCUUGUCGACAAAGGGAGUGCACCAGACAUCAUGUACAAUUGUUUUGAAAGUCUUGGGUUGGAUCCGGCUUUGUUGCAGCGGUAUGAUGGUCCCAUCUAUGGAUUCAACAACCAGCCCGUCUCAGUUGAAGGAGUCCUCACCAUGAAUGUUGCAUUUGGAAGUGACCGGAGUUAUGUGACCCCUUCAGUUAGGUUUCUGGUAGUCAAGAUGGCGUCCUCUUUCAAUGUCGUCAUUGGUCGACCCACACUAACUAAAAUCCGAGCUGUGGUUUUCCAAUCUCACCUAUGCAAGAAAUUCCCAACUCCUACGGGCAUAGCAACGCUGCGAGGCAACCAAGAGGUGGCCCGACAUUGCUAUAUCACCUCGGUAACACAACCUCAGAAGGGCAAAGAUCAAACAUCCAAGACUAAUCCCAAACAGAUUUCUAAUGAUUGGCAAGUUAUGGGUGUUGAAAUAAUAGAUAACCGACCAGAAGAUGACACCAGAGCUGCUCCAGUCGAAGAUGUGGAAGAGGUUCAGAUUGAUGAUAGGGAUCCGACCAGGAAAACACAGAUAGGAACUUGGCUAAGUCCUGAUGAGAAAACAGAACUAAUAGCUUUUCUCCGAGCUAACAAAGAUGUUUUUACAUGGACCUCAGCAGCUAUGCUGGGAAUUCCCACUUCGAGGUUAACAGUCAUCAAAGAAGAAGUUGAAAAACUCUUGCAAGUUGGCUUUGUUAGACGAGUCGAUUAUUGUGAGUGGGUCGCCAAUCCUGUUUUGGUGAAGAAAGCAAAUGGCAAAUGGCAGAUGUGCAUUGAUUAUACUAACCUCAACCAGGCAUGCCCAAAAGACUGUUACCCAAUGCCAAACAUUGACAAGCUGGUUGAGGCAGCUUCUGGAAACGAGAGAUUAAGUCUCCUAGACGCGUACUCUGGCUACCACCAGGUUCCAAUGGCUCCUAAAGAUGAAGAAAAAACCUCGUUCUAUGCUGGCGAUGAAAUCUAUUGCUAUGUGAUGAUGCCCUUUGGCCUGAAGAACGUAGGUGCCACUUACCAGAAGAUGGUUACCAUUGUAUUCCGAGCUCAAAUAGGCCGAAAUCUAGAAGUAUAUGUUGAUGAUAUCAUGGUAAAAAGUGCGAAAGCAGGAGAUCACUUAACCGACCUCAAGGAGACAUUUAACAACCUUCGAAAGAACAGAAUGAGGCUGAAUCCAGCAAAGUGCAUCUUCGGCGUAGAGUCUGGGAAAUUUCUUGGCUUCAUGGUCUCUAGGAGGGGGAUCGAGGUUAACCCUGAGAAGAUCAAAGCAGUAGCCGAGAUGGAACCACCGAAGUCAAUGAAAGAUAUACAGAGGUUGACUGGAAGAGUGGUAGCUCUUCAUCGAUUCAUAUCGAAGUUAGCAGAUAAAUGCCUACCAUUUUUCAAGAUUAUGAGAGCUGAGGUAUCAAUUGCUGAGAAAGUAGCUUUAGUAGUUGUCACCUCGGCCAGGAAGUUGAGGCCGUAUUUCCAGUCACACCCGAUCAUUAUCCUCACAGACCAACCUCUUCGACAGAUUCUACAAAAGCCAGAGUGCUCGGGACGAUUAAUUAAAUGGGCAGUGGAACUGGAGGAGUUUGAGAUAACAUUUCAGCAGAGAUCUGCGAUCCGAGCUCAGGCACUAGCAGAUUUUAUUGUAGAAUGUACUCCACGUCAUCCUGCCCCCAAUCCAAAGCCCAACGAGUGGACCUUAUAUGUUGAUGGGGCAUCUAGUAGCAAAGGUUCAGGAGCUGGUGCUCUCUUGAUUGGCCCAGAUGGGUACCGAAGUGAACAUGCCCUGAAGUUCAACUUCGAUGCAACAAAUAACAUGGCUGAAUAUGAAGCUCUGCUACUUGGUUUACAACUAGCAUUGGAGUUGAAAAUCAGCGCAAUCCAGCCUGCAGAAGAGCUCACCACUCUGAUAGCACCUUGGCCAUUUGCUCAGUGGGGUCUUGACCUUUUGGGUCCAUUUAUGAAGGGGAUAGGGGGUGUAACCCACCUCCUAGUUUGUGUGGAUUACUUCACAAAAUGGGUUGAAGCUCGGGUAUUAUCCAGUCUUACCUCCAGGAAGGUUGAGGACUUUGUUUUCAGCUCGAUUAUUUGCAGAUAUGGGAUCCCGAAUCAGAUUGUCGCUGAUAAUGGAACCCAAUUCAAUUGCUCCUCAUUUCGAGAUUUCUGUUCCAGCUACGGGAUCAAACUACAGUUCACCUCAGUUUACCAUCCGGAGUCCAAUGGCAUGGUAGAAUUUGUUAACAAAUGCAUUUUAGAAGGUAUAAAGCUGAGAUUGGAACAACACAAGGCCAAAUGGGCAGACGAGCUUAACAACGUCCUCUGGGCAUACAGAACUACGAGCCGAACUACCACGGGUGAAACACCCUAUCAUCUAGCCUUUGGUACCGAAGCAGUCAUUCCUAUCGAGAUAGGAGUCCCAAGCUUCAGGGUCACCCAUUUCGAUGAAGGACGAAAUGGACAAUUGCUUCGGGAGAACCUUGAUCUGCUUGACAAACUAGCACCAAACUGGGAAGGCCCCUACAUUGUGGCCGAGGUGCCCUACUUAGGUGCUUAUGUCCUACAAGGCACUGAGGGCAAAAGGGUUCCUAGAGUAUGGAAUGCCAAUAAUUUGAAGAAGUUCUACCCUUAAUACAUUUCUUUCCAGUGAAUUUUGUCUUAUUUUUAUAAGCAUAAUUACUUCUGAUCAAUGUGUACCCGAGCUCCAUUUAUUUACCUCAUUAAUGAAUCUCACUUCAUAUC